AUGACCGAUUCUUAUCGCCCCGGCCUGCAGCCGGUCUCCCAUCUCAAGGCUGGGCCGACAACCUCUAGCUCCAGAUCCACCGCGCUGCCAUCCACAACGACACUACAACCUCCGUCGCGUCCUUCCUCCCGGCUGCGCUCCAAGCGAAUAUCGAACAAAGAUGAUGCAGAUGCAGCCAGUGAAAAGGCCACUACUGCCCUCAUCAGACGCGUCCUGUGCCCUCAGAAUAGCAGUUAUGGAGCGUCUUCUCCACAGCCUCCGGAAGAGCUGUUACCUCCCCUCACGAGCUCCAAUGACGUCGACCGUCAACUUUAUGCACUCCUCGCCAUAAUAAUAAAAGAAUUUGUCUACUCGUGGUACUCCAAAAUCACUUCUGACCAGGCUCUUGUGAAUGAAGUCCUACAAGUAAUCGCACAUUGCACGCGUGCACUUGAACAAAGGCUGCGCCAAAUCGACGUUGCACAACUGGCCCUGGACGAAAUUCCAAUGCUUGUGGAAGCACAUGUACACUCGUACAGGCUGGCUAGGCGACAGUCACAUUUGUCUGGUCUACCCACGUCACACCGUGCUCUCUUUCAUGAGCUUAACCCACACCCUGGUCUAUCUCCCGUGCCUGAUGCAGAAGAUCCAGACACGAUCACCGAGCAGAGCGAGAAUGAAGCAGCGUAUCGAAGGCUACUAGCUAAUGGCAGUCUGGCGGUUUUACUACCUACCGAAGACCUUGAGAACAGUAGCCUCAGAGCUUUGGUAGUCGAUGUCAUAGCUGACCUCAUCUUGGGCAAUCAAAUCAGCGGCCGAGCAUGCGAAGGGUGGUUCAUUUGGGAAACUAUAGCCAAACUCGCCGUUCGAGGGGAUAAGAACCAACCGGAUGACACCAAGGGUGCCCCGGACUCGCAAAUCAACCGAUUGGAGAAGUUUGGCCUACUCUCGACCGAGGACGAGGUCCAGCCAUCGGCGUCAUUGCCCGCCACGGCCUGGAUAUGGAACGUUCUGCAAACUAUCUACAUCGGUUACGUCGCCUUGCGUUUCAUUGCGAUUGGCCUCUUCCGUGUCGCAUCGAGUCCAGGCCCCUCGCACGGUGUUGGUGUCUCAGUUGCCUCUACGGCAUUCGAGGGCCAGAAGAACGGUGGGAUCGAUAGCAGGGACGUCACAAGUAAGCGCCCAGUGCUGGACUAUCGGGUAUAUUCCAUGGUUUCGCGAAUACUAGGGGUUCCUCGGAGGAUGCCAUGGUUGAGUGGGUUGCUCGCUCUCUUCCAACACCUUAUUCUGGCAGGCCCAGGCAGGGUCGGUGAGACGGACGGGGUACUUGAUAGGUGA